GUGCCAUUCUUUCUUCACAGUGCCACUUACAGAGAGUUUCUUGCUCGAUAGGAAUUGGGAUAUAUCAACAUUCAUUUGGUUACAAACCACUAAGUUGAAAAUGGGAGGAAGCAGCAUUUUGAUAAUUGGAGCAACUGGUUACAUUGGUCGCCAUGUGGCCAAUGCAGCCCUUGCUCAAGGCCAUCCUACGUUUCUUCUUGUUAGGGAAUCCACAUCUUCUAACCCUGAGAAGGCCCAGUUGCUGGAGUCCUUCACAUCCAAAGGAGCAACUCUGGUCCAUGGAUCCAUAGAUGAUUAUGCAAGCCUUGUGGAGGCUGUCAAGAAGGUGGAUGUGGUGAUUUCCACUGUGGGUUCUCAACAGAUAGCAGAUCAGUUCACUCUCAUCAAGGCCAUCAAGGCUGUUGGGACAGUCAAGAGGUUUUUCCCGUCAGAGUUUGGCAUUGAUGUUGACAGACAUCAUGCAAAGGAGCCUAUGAAGAGUAUGUUUGACUUGAAAGUUAAACUCCGCAGGACUAUUGAAGCAGAGGGCAUUCCAUACACAUAUGUUGUUGCCAACAGUUUUGCAGGCUACUUUCUUGCUAAUUUUGCCCAGCUUGGCCUGACAGCUCCUCCAAGAGACAAAAUUGUUAUUUAUGGAGAUGGAACUGCCAAAUCUGUAUAUUCAAAGGAAGAAGAUGUUGGGACAUUCACAAUCAAGGCAGUAGAUGAUCCAAGGACUUUGAACAAGAUCCUUUACUUGAGGCCUCCUGCCAGUACUAUCUCCACUAAUGAUCUUGUAGCCCUUUGGGAGGCAAAGAUAGGGAAGACUUUAGAGAAGGUCUAUCUAUCUGAGGAGCAGGUUCUUAAACUACUCCAAGAUACACCUUUUCCAGGAAACUUUAUGGUGUCAAUUUACCAUCUCAUUUAUGUGAAGGGUGAUCAAACCAAUUUUGAAAUUGGACCUGAUGGGGUGGAGGCCAGUCAGCUGUAUCCAGAUGUCAAAUACACAACUGUUGAGGAGUAUAUCAGUGCCUUUCUGUGAUAGCACUUGUCUCGGAAGGAAGAGCUGUGACCUCUUCAAUGGAUGUGAACCGGUUACUUUUAUUGCAAUUUAUAUCAAUGUGUUUUUAGUAUUGGGUCUAUAUAGAACUCUAGAAUUUUUUGGGUGGUCUUAGAAAGGGGUUUGGAAUCUGGAUUGUUAAUUUGAGACAAAAUCUCAAAAUUAAAUAACUAUAUUUGAAAAAAUUGUAUGACAGAUCUAUGCAGUGAAGCGUAAAUGUCAGCUAUAACUUAAUAAUUAAAUCAUUAAAAAAAUGUCUUAUUUUGUUUUUA